UGACAGAAAAAUUAAUAGUCCGCUUUGCAGAUGACGACCGGCGCGUACUAGUUCUUAAUCUGUUUGCAAAAUGAGGUCACAAGCUGUGCCGAUCUUGAUGGCGACGCUGGUGUUCUGUUCAGCUGAUAGAUCAUGGGGCAGAGGCAACGCUGCUCCAGGCCCAAACACAGUUAGCGGUAUCAAUGCGGCUAAGGCCUUACUCGAUCAAUAUAAUGCAAUGCAUGGAGGCACUCCAACAUCCAGUCAAGUAACCACUCCAGCAUCUAGUCAAGUAACCUCUCCAGCAUCUAGUCAAGUAACCUCUCCAGCAUCUACUCGAGCUCCUGCGACGUGUUACACAAAACAGCAAGAUGUAGGCGCAUGCGUGAAAACUUCCAUGUGUGAUUUGGCCCCGCCCAAGAUUAACCCUGCCACGCUGUUCGGGUACAGGACGCGAAAAACCUCUGCAAAUGGCUGCGCUUUCCUCGAAAUCUGUUGUCCUAAUGACAAAAUCAGACCGACACCAGUACCGCCCCCCACUGGUACCAGCGGUGGUACGCCACCAGGUUGCGGGUACAGCAACCCAGCCGCUGCCAGGUUCAGGCAGGGGCCGGGGGCUUCCAACAGUGGUUACGCCGACUUCGCCGAGUUCCCCUGGAUGGUUGCUUUAUUGGAUAAAACGAAAGCAAACCAAAACUCGGCAAAUGCUGCAGCUAAUUCUGGCUAUAUGGCAGGAGGCACGCUCAUUCACCCGUCUGUGGUGAUGACUGUAGCGCACAAAGUCGAUACUUUGAACCCGAGUGAUCUGGUAUGCCGAGCUGGUGAAUGGGACACAGAGAGUGACAACGAGGUGUACACCCACCAGGAGCGUGACGUCAUCGACAUUAUUCCGCACGAACAAUUCAACAAAUUGCACGCCCAUAACGAUAUAGCACUUUUGAAAUUGGCGACUCCAUUUGUGUUCCAACCCCACAUCAGCGUGGCCUGCCUCAGCCCCGCAAUGCCACCCUCCGAGACUAUGUGCUACAGCAUGGGCUGGGGGAUGGACUUCACCAAGGGCAAAUACUACGCCAACGUCCUGAAGAAGGUACCUUUGGGGUUAAUUUCUUCUGUUGAAUGCGAGGAGAGGCUCAGGCAAACCAGACUAAGCCGAAGCUACUACUUGCAUCACUCGCUCACCUGCGCUGGCGGGUUGCUUAAUGUCGACACGUGUAUCGGGGACGGAGGCUCGUCUCUUGUCUGUCCUAUAGGGGACCCAGCUGAUCGCCGCUACACCGUGGUGGGCAUGGUAGCCUACGGGUUGGACUGCGGGCAGGCCGGCGUUCCCAGCGUGUACACGAAGGUUCCAGAGUUCUACAACUGGAUCUCCAACCAGCUCGCGAUCGAAGGCCUCAGCGGCAGGCCCUAUGUUUCAUAAAAA